GACUUGAAAUUAUCGCUUACAAACCGGCUAGCAAUUUGUGCAAAACAAUUUUGUUUACAUUUAAGAACGAUGUCAGUGUCGCCAAACAAUUCUAAUAUUUUAGUUAAAAAUGAAGCGAUUGAUGCCAAAGAUGAGAUUGCGAGCAAUUCAAUUGAAAAUGAAACAGAGAAACGUUCUACAACAGUUAAAUCAGCGGAAGACGCACGCUACGAUGCGGACAGCGAGAUGAUUGAAUCAGCCGAAGAGGAGGACGCCGGAGCGCCAAAGCAAGAGCCAGAUACUGAUGACGAUACAUCCACAGUAGUUGCACCAAUAAGUCGCCCCCUCACCGAGCCCCUAUCCAAGCACAACCUAAAGUGGAAUCUGCGCGUGAUCAUCUCCAAUUUGUAUAUGAAGAGUGAGCAACGAUUGCCGAGCGCCUGUGUGCCCAAAUGCCUGCACAACACGAGCCAAUGUGUGAGCAGACAUCGCUGUGCCAUGCUGCCAGAUGCACCGGAUAUCAGUAUAGCUCAAGAGCUGCGCAAUAAUCUAUAUAGACAGCAUUACGAUACAUAUUUGGAUAUAUUGGAAAUGAUGGCGCUGCAGUCAGUUUAUCCAGACGAAGCCGUUUUCGAUAGACUCUUCGAUAUGAUAAUGAUACUCAACACCAAGAGCUUGACCCUGAAAGAGCUGCACAGCAGAUAUCGAAAUGUCAUACGGAUCUACUAUUUGCUAGUGGAUGCAUUUCCUCCCUGUUGGACAGCUUUACGUCCGUAUUAUCUUAAUUUCUUGGGAGUUACGAGUGAUAAGCCUCAAAAGCUAAAGCUGUUAUUGGAUUUGUUUGAAGAUUGUCUGAACAAAUGUAACGAAACAGAGCUAAGUCAGCUAACGCCUUACUAUGAGCAAUUCGUUCAUGAUUAUAGUGCAGAGGAUAACUCGAAUUUGAGCCCAGAGGAUGUGUUUCAGCGUCAUGUGCAGGAUUACGAUUGGCAGAGCGGCAAGCAAUGGGUAGAUGAGUUUAAGGCCAUGUCGCCAGCCGUGCAGCUGGCACGUCUUUGCGAUGCUUUGGACAUGAUUUGCUGGGUAUUGGAGCGGGAAUUUCUGGCCUGGCUUGAUCACAAUCGUCUACAGCAAACCGAGCCAGAGAUCUUUCAAGAGGACUCCAAGCCAUUUGUGCUACUCGUCUUUGGCAUUACAAAGGGCAAAAGAUUAACGAAUGUAGCCCAAAAGCUGCUGCGUGUUUAUAGUCGUGCAGUAGCUAAGUCUUUGUAUGCAGACCGCUUAAGUAUUCUAGAGCGCUUUGUCUCGCUGCUGAUGGAGGCUAGCAACACAGCCGAGCUGGAGUAUGUCAACAACUCGAUAAUAUAUCCCAAUUUGGGACCUCAGACACGUCGGCUUAUAGCGGAGUUCUUUAAGUUAUUUAAAGUAGAAAAUCCCUCCGAUCUCAACAGUUAUAUACGCACCAUCCCGCUGCUAAGUCAACCCUAUGUACGUUAUGAAUUUGCGGAUCAUUUCCUAAGAUUAUUUUACUGUUCCGAUGCGGCAUUCGGGCCGGAGAAGGUGUGCGAGGAGCUGAAGCUAAAGCGUUGGCUCAAAUACAAGCCGCGCAGUGCCAUCGACGAGUCGAACAACGAACAGCUCUCAAGAGAGGAUUACCUUAAAAUCAUGCUCAAUGCGCUGCAGGAUUAUUGCAACUGGUUCAAUUUGCAAGCGUGUUGGAGGUAUAUAAAAACUAAAACACCUGUCCAACAGCUGCAGACGAGAACAAGCAGUCCGUUGGCCACUCCCGUGGGCGUGGUCACUGGGGAUGUGGGGAAAAUCUUUAUGCUCGAUGAGAUGCAAAAGGAGGCGCAUACUUGGAAGCAUCGUAUCAACGCAAAAGUUAUUUUGGCCAGGCCCAAAGUGAAUCUUCCUGUGGCUAAGAUCAGCAUAAGCACCAUGGCUGAGCGUUAUGGAGGCGACAUACGACAAUUGCGAUAUCUACGACGUAUUCUGCUAGAAGUCAUGCGCUUUGAGGAUGUGACAGAUUGGCUGAACUAUAUUAACGAGUUUCUGGGAGAAGACGAGCCAGCCGUAACAUCUUAAUCGUGCUGCGUCGCCAGACUCAAGGCACAACUUUAAGUGAUAGCUGAAAACUAAAGUAAUUUGUAAAUAGACCUACUAUAAGUUUAAAAAGUGAAUUUAAAA